AUGUCUUGUACCACCUACCAUAAAGUGAUUCCAUUCUUGUACAGAAAUGCCCAAACAUUUUGGGGCUCUUGUCAACGUCACUGGGAGAAAUUGAAUCUGUCAAAAGCAAGAAAAUCGCAUCUUCAAAAAGUUGAAAUUCCAAGUCCAAUUCUGAGCAGUCCACCAACUACAGCCAGCACAGAAACCGUAUCAGGAGAGAACAGUGCAGGAUGCCCUACAGCACCGUCCAGAAAGCAACCAGAGCCAGGACCACCAGCUACCUGUCCAGCGCCAUUGGCUGAGCGCCAAAAGAGCAAUGCAGUCACACACAGCGGACGCUCUAUUCACCCCCCUGGCUACUUACAGGACUUUGUUCAAACCUAG